ACUGAAAAACUACCCUCGAAAUCACACGCUAUUCAUCAAUCAGAAAAGAUCCGAAUCUUCCCUCCUGGACAUUCCCAAACCAAUGCCCAUCUGAUCUGACGCCCAAAGACUCCCACCUCGCCGUGAAAAUUACACGCAUAAAAAACUGUUGGGCGACCCCAAGAUCGAACCUUUAUUACAUUCAACCCCGUUUCGCCCAAGUAAACGCCACGCCCCCAAGAAAGUCUCAACCUCAAUUCUCCCGAAGGCCAUCUUUCAGGCCAUACUGGUUGGUGGGUACGUCCCAAAUUGUUCGAAUUUGCCCCUGGAUCGGUUAAAGUUUCGCGCUUUUGGGGUUGGGUUUGGGUGGACAUGGUGAUGUCCGUGGCGUCUCCGAGGAAGGGGACGGCGGCCAGAGAGAGGGCGUUUCAGAGGAAGGCCCGCGAUUUCUUCAAGAGCGGCGACAAGGGCGGCGGCGGCAACUCCCGCCGCAAGAGGUCGUCGCCCGAGUUCGGGGACGAUGACUUCGAGGAAGACGAGGAUUGCAUGGAGCUCGUGCAGAUUGGCGCCGAGCGGACGAAGAACGUCUUGAUCCUGAUGAGCGACACGGGUGGCGGCCACCGCGCGUCGGCGGAGGCUAUUCGCGACGCCUUUCGGUUGGAGUUCGGGGAUGAGUACAGGAUAUUUGUUAAGGACGUAUGGAAAGAAUAUACGGGCUGGCCUUUGAACAACAUGGAGAAAUCAUACAAGUUCUUGGUGAAGCAUGUACAGCUGUGGAAUGUUGCUUUUCACAGCACAUCUCCGCGUUGGAUUCACUCCCUAUACCUCGCUGCAGUCGCAGCUUACUACGCCAAGGAGGUGGAGGCUGGUCUGAUGGAAUACAAGCCAGACAUCAUUAUUAGUGUUCAUCCUCUGAUGCAGCAUGUUCCUCUCUGGGUUCUCAAGUGGCAAAACCUUCAGAAGAAAGUUGUUUUCGUGACUGUAAUCACGGAUCUUAACACAUGUCAUCCUACAUGGUUUCAUCCUGGAGUAAAUAGAUGCUACUGUCCUUCACAAGAGGUAGCCAAAAGGGCUUUGCUAGAUGGCCUUACGGAGUCCCAAACGCGCGUUUUUGGCCUCCCUAUUCGGCCAUCCUUUGCACGUGCAGUUCUUUCAAAGGAUGAGCUUAGAAAGGAAUUUGGAAUGGAUCCAAAUUUGCCUGCAGUUCUAUUAAUGGGAGGGGGUGAAGGGAUGGGCCCAGUUAAGAAAACUGCAAAGGCAUUAGGAGAGUCAUUGUUUGAUCAAGAACUUGGGAAUCCAAUAGGGCAAUUGAUCAUAGUAUGUGGCCGUAACAAAGCACUCGCAUCGACAUUAGAAUCUGAAGAGUGGAAGAUCCCUGUUAAGGUAAGAGGAUUUGAGACCCAGAUGGAGAAAUGGAUGGGAGCUUGCGACUGCAUAAUAACAAAAGCCGGACCUGGCACGAUCUCAGAAGCAUUGAUCAGAGGCCUUCCAAUUAUCCUCAAUGACUACAUUCCCGGACAGGAAAAGGGCAAUGUUCCCUAUGUAGUGGACAAUGGAGCCGGUGUCUUCACCCGGAGUCCCAAAGAAACGGCCAGAAUCGUGGCUGAAUGGUUCACCACCAAAACGGAAGAACGCAAGAAAAUGUCGGAAAAUGCGCUGAAGCUGGCACAGCCUGAGGCCGUCUUCGACAUUGUAAAGGACAUACACGAGCUUGCAAGCCAACGUGGGCCGCUAGCCAGCAUUCCUUACGAGCUAACGUCGUCAUUUUCCAGCCUAAUAUAAGUACGGCAUCCACGUUUUUCGAUGCGAUUCAAGUUUACGCACCUAUAAUCCCCCGUGUACAGAUGUAAUAGAUGUGUAGUUUCCAUUCUUUUUGCCUGGGAGGCCAUUCAUGACAUAAAGUGAGUAGAACAGAGUAACUGCUCUAAAAGCUCUAGAUCAGCUUGCAUGUUAUUGGUGGUUUACUGAGGUUUUUCAGAAAGAAUCAUUGAUUGGGAUAGGAUCGUGAAAAGAUGAUGUCGAAACUCCUGUUGUGAUUCUUUUUGCUUUGCUUAUAAUGAAAUCUUUCCACUAUCUGGAUUGCCAAA